AUGGAAAAACUGAAAAUUAAAGUUGAUAACAAAGAAUGGAGACAAAUUAAAAUUAAGAAUGUUCAUUUUAAAGCUACAGAAACAGAUGUUAAAAACACUUUAUUAAGUUUCGGACCCAUAGCUAAUUGUAAGCUGAUAAAACCUAAAAAUAGGAGAGGUGUUUAUGGUUACGUAGAAUUUAAAAAAGAAGUUGAUGCUAUUAAAUGUAUUGAAAAAUCACAAUCACGUAAUCAACUAUUAUGUAUGGGAAGACCUUUAUAUGCACUUCGUGUCAAAAGAAAAAAGGACAAUACAAAAUGGAACGAUGUAAAGGAAGCUACGUCUAUCUUAUCAAAUUUGGAAAUCGGGAAUUGGGGUGGACAAUCAUCUAAAGUGCAUACAAGUAGCAAAGGAAGAAGAAAUAGAAGUUACGCUGAUACUCUCACGGAAAAAUUUACUUUCUUAAAAGAAUGGGAAUAUCCGAAUGAUUAUAAGGAGCCAAGUAUAUGCUUUUCAAAAACCGCUGAAGCCUUUGUAUUGGAGGGGUUUGAUUCAUCAUCAUCAGUAACCUCAAAAAGACGUGUUAAAAUUCCCUUUCGUAUUUUAACCGAAAAUGCACGUGGAAUUUUUAUAGAUGAUAGUGACCAAAGAAAUGGUGUAAUCUCACUUUACAUUAGCUUAAAGCAUCCUCCAUAUCUUUACCGCGAAAACCUCAUGCCAAAAUGUCUUCUAGGAAUGCUAGAAGUAGCUGACGAUGAUGUUUGGACCAGAACUGUUGAUUGGACUGGAACUGAUAAUAUAUUUGGAAGAUGUUUGGUGUAUCGAUUAGUUUUUAGAUCUGACCUCAAUGAAUUAUGUGACUUAUUAAAUAAUUUUAAGUUAAAAGGCAUUCGACGUCCUAUGCCUCGAUGCCCAGUCAAUUGCAUUGAAAAUCCAGAUUAUUCGAAAGAAUAUUUUGAAAUUAUUCUUCAGACAUUACCAUUUGGAUUAUGUUAUAAAUUGGAAAGUUUAAUUUCCCAUGGAACAUUAACACAUUAUGAAUUGGAAGUUAACAACUUGGGGGAAAUUUUAGCCGAAUUGGUGCAUGUUGAAGAACAAGAAGUAAUAGCGUGGCACGCACUAAAUCAAAUAUCGGCUAAAUAUUGGGAUCCUUUUGAUAAAAAAUCUCAAGAUCGUCCAAUUUCAAAUUUUCAGGUUGCACUAAAAAACUUUAAGAGUGAAUUGAAUGUUUGGUAUCCUUCAAAUCCGAAUAUUAAAUUAAUAAACAAUAUGCGUAAUGCAUGGGUAAGCCAUGCAACGAUAACACCUACAAAAAUAUACUUUGACGGGCCAAACUAUGAACAGUCGAAUAGGAUAUUACGUUUAUAUGAGGAUAAAAUUGAUCGUUUUUUGCGUGUUACAUUUAAAGAAGAAAAUUUUGAUAAAUUAUUUGUUAAUAAAGAUGAAGACAAAGAUAUAAUUGAUUUGAGGAUUAUUUAUAUUAUGAAAAAUGGAUUUCAUGUGGCUGGCCGGUACUAUGAGUUUUUAGCUUUUUCUUCAUCCCAACUAAAAGAAGCAUCUUGUUGGUUCGUUUCUCCAACUGAAGACUUCAAUGCAAAUGCUAUCCGAACUCGUAUGGGAGAAUUUAGAGAUAUUAAGGUUCCUGCACUAUAUGCAUCUCGUAUGGGACAAUGCUUUACAAGUACGAUGGGAACAUUGAAACUUAAUCCAGAUCAAGUACACGAAAUAGAGGACAUCGAAAGAAACAAUUAUACCUUUAGUGAUGGUUGUGGGAAAAUUUCGUUAAGUUUAGCAAAGCGAGCGGCGAAAGAGUAUUGGGGAACCAAAAAACUAAACGAUGAUGAGAUCCCUUCAGUGUUUCAAAUACGGUUUGGUGGAUGUAAGGGAAUGGUUGCAGUUGAUCCAAAUCUUGAAGUUGAUGUUUUAUGCAUACGCGAUAGUCAAAAAAAGUUCGAUGCGCCCGAUUCCUCAAUUUUAGAGAUUGCGAAAACUGUGAAAACUUCAUUGCCCGGCCAUUUAAAUCGACAGAUUAUAAUGAUAUUAUCGACACUUGGGGUGCCAGAUGAGGUAUUUAUUGAAUUACAAAACGAAAUGUGCGCAGACAUUGAUGCAAUGAUGACGAAUGAGGAAAAAGCACGCGAAAUUGUAAAACGUAAUAUGGGCACAAGAGAAUGCUUACACAUCACGCGUACUAUCCUUAGCAUGAUCGAAGAAGGAAUGAUGAAAGGGAUUGUUGAUCCAUUUUUAAAUGCCCUUUUGGAAUGUAAACGUGUUUAUGCAUUAAAGAUGUUAAGACACAAAGCUCGUAUUUUAAUGCCUAAAUCAUUCUUAUUAUUGGGCGUUAUUGAUGAGACUGGCAAAUUGGAAGAAAACGAAAUUUAUCUGCAAACCUCUACCAUUGUUAGCGAACAUCUAACGUUCAAUAAAGCGAAUGAUAAAAUCCGACGAGAAUCUAAGAUUUGGACAGAUCAAGCUAUUAUUACUAGGAACCCAUGUUUGCACCCCGGAGAUCUAAGAAAAGUUGAGGCAGUUGACAUUCCAGAACUGUCUCAUUUAAAAAACUGUAUAGUGUUUAGCCAAAAAGGAGAUAGACCUUUGCCAAAUUGUUUGGAAAACGCGGAACCUAUGGAAUUUGAUUCCCAAGGAAAAAGAGAGUUGGAUAGGGACGUUGAAAUUGAAGAUAUUUGUGAGUUCUUUAAAGACUACAUGCUAAACAAUAGGCUCGGUCAAAUCGCCAAUCUCCAUUUAGCAUUGGCCGAUUUCAAUGAAAUGGGUCAUUCCAAUGCGGUCGAUUUUAAUAAAACUGGAAUUCCGGUGGUUGAAAAAUUGACAAGACGUUCUGAAUACCCAGAUUUUAUGGAUUCCAGAUAUAGAGAUUCUUAUAGGUCAGAAAAAGUGCUGGGAAAAUUAUAUCGCGACAUUCAACUUGAUAAGCCCGAGAAGGACCCUUUGUUAAAAUAUUAUAAAACGACUAUAAAGAUGGAUGAAAAAUUUUUGUUUGAAGGAUAUCAAGACUAUAUAGAAGAAGCUAUUGCUUGUCGUGAUCAUUAUAAUAGUGAAAUUCGAAGUCUUAUGAAGAAAUAUAAUGUUAAAACCGAGGCAGAAAUUUUAACAGCGCAAUUAUUAGGAUUCCGGCGUAUUGAUGGUAGUAAAAGUCAAGAUAUGCGAGAUGCAAUUAUCGGGUCGAUAUUUUUCAUAAUAUAUAAUUGUCGUAAACAAUUCUUGAUGGGCUUACAUAACGAUCAUGAAGCAGAUGAAGAUGAAGAUGAAUUACCAUUUAAUUUAAAUGCCCCGAUUCCUAUAAACAAUGAAUCAAAAGCUAAAGCUUCGGCAUGGUACUAUGCCACAUAUAACCAAGAUGAAUAUCCUGAAGAAGAAAAAAACAAGACCAUCUUAUUAAGUUUUCCUUGGGUUGUAUCAGAUAUGUUAUUAGUAAUUCGCAGGGAUAACAUGAAUGAAUUACAGGCAUCAGUACCGUUAAAUUAA